AUGUCUAACUACCCACGACCCCGCGACAUAUCGACCCCUCGUGUACUUGGGCCCCAUCGACCACUUUUGAAACUCUUCGACGGUUCACGCACAUCAUCCAGCUCCCCGGACCUGGAUAUCGGUGACCAAGACGAAGACCACCCUGAGCCAUUUGUCCUCUCUGCGGCGAACACCCCUGGCCGAGAGGAUAGACCUAGGCACAGCAGCAGUCCCCACGACCCCACUGCCACCAGUGGGAUGUCACAGCCUCCCGAAUCUGAUGAUGCGGGUCAAGUGUCCUUCGGGCUGCCAAUUCUUCCCUCAAAAGGGCGCCGCACAAAUGCGGCCACGCCGCCCGCUCCUCUCUCAGCAAGAGGGGAUGUUCCUGGCGGAUAUUUUCCCUUUCACGAAGACCCAGCCUCGCGUCUUCACCGCCCACAUCCCUUUCAUCUUCACAAGUCCCAACCUAGAUCUCCGUCUCCUGUGAACCAGGGGCAAGGGGCCCAGGCUUCUGGAAAUCCCUCCUUCGUGCUGGCCGGCGAUGCCCCUAAACAUGGCACAGCACCGCCAACUAGCUCUUUAGUCACCUCUUACGUCCCGAGUGGCAUCCACGGCAGCUCGUUACCUAUGGGAAAAUAUUACCCGUCCAACUACGAAAAUAGAAUGCGUCACCACCACGGACCUCCUGUCCCCAUUACAUCCGGGAUUGCCACCAAGUCCGUUUCCCAAGUCCCCACCCUACUUAGCUCAGCUAGCGAGUCGCCGAGAGUGCGAGACGAGGGAGAUGCAAAAAGGAAGCUUCAGCAGUACCAGCGGGACAUGAUUGCCCAGGCCACCUUAGCGGCGAGGAAAGUGCUGGGAAGCGGCGAGAACUCAACUCUGAAGCUCCCAGGCUUUCCGGUUCCCGGGCUGCCGGCCGGCGCACCUGCCACAAACCCGCUCUCCCCCCGCCUAAGACCCCUGGGAAGUCCUGGCCCCGUUACACCCAUGGAUCUAGAGGCAACGGAUGGCUCAUAUCUCGAUAAAGGACGGGAUCCGCACGCGGUUGAAAAUACAACUCGGGAUGCAGACUGCUCUCGUGCAAUGGCCUCCGAAGAGCGAAUGCGAUCGGCACCGGGGUCAUAUAUGGCUUCUCCGGCGUGCUAG